GGCGCACUCCUGCUUCCGGUGUCAUGGCGGCCUAAGGUCCCGGGAGUCGGUGCGGGCUCUGCGGGCCCCUCCCUGCAGAGCGGCGGGUCCGGGUGGGGAUGUGACGGCGGGCGCCACGGGCCUGCCUGGCGCGUCGUGUCGGCUCGCGUGUCCUCGCCCCAGCCCGCACCAUGGCGGGUUCCGGCUGCGCGUGGGGCGCCGAGCCGCCGCGCUUCCUGGAGGCCUUCGGGCGGCUGUGGCAGGUACAGAGCCGCCUGGGGAGCGGCUCGUCGGCCUCGGUGUAUCGGGUGCGCUGCUGCGGCACCCCGGGCUCGCCCCCCGGAGCCCUCAAGCAGUUUCUGCCCCCGGGAACCACCGGGGCUGCGGCCUCGGCUGCAGAAUAUGGUUUCCGCAAAGAGAGGGCGGCGCUGGAGCAGUUGCAGGGUCACAGGAACAUCGUGACUUUAUAUGGAGUCUUUACCAUACACUUCUCUCCAAAUGUGCCAUCACGCUGUCUGUUGCUUGAACUCCUGGAUGUCAGUGUUUCGGAAUUACUCUUAUAUUCCAGUCACCAGGGUUGCUCCAUGUGGAUGAUACAGCAUUGUGCCAGAGAUGUUUUGGAGGCCCUUGCUUUUCUUCACCAUGAGGGCUAUGUCCAUGCAGACCUCAAACCACGAAACAUACUGUGGAGUGCCGAGAAUGAAUGCUUUAAGCUUAUUGACUUUGGGCUUAGCUUCAAAGAAGGCAAUCAGGAUGUAAAGUAUAUUCAGACAGAUGGGUAUCGAGCUCCAGAAGCUGAACUGCAAAACUGUUUGGCCCAGGCUGGCCUGCAGAGUGAUACAGAGUGUACCUCAGCUGUGGACCUGUGGAGCCUUGGAAUCAUUUUACUGGAGAUGUUCUCAGGCAUGAAACUGAAACACACAGUCAGAUCUCAGGAGUGGAAGGCAAACAGUUCUGCUAUUAUUGAUCAUAUAUUUGCCAGUAAAGCAGUGGUAAAUUCCGCAAUUCCAGCCUAUCACCUCAGAGACCUUAUCAAAAGCAUGCUUCAUGAUGACCCAAGCAGAAGGAUCCCUGCUGAGAUGGCAUUGUGCAGCCCAUUCUUUAGCAUUCCUUUUGCCCCUCAUAUUGAAGAUCUGGUGAUGCUUCCAACACCAGUGCUCAGACUCCUCAAUGUACUGGAUGAUGAUUACCUUGAAAAUGAAGAUGAAUAUGAAGAUGUUGUAGAAGAUGUAAAAGAGGAGUGUCAGAAAUAUGGACCAGUGGUUUCUUUGCUUGUUCCAAAGGAAAAUCCUGGCAGAGGACAAGUCUUUGUUGAGUACGCAAACGCUGGUGAUUCCAAAGCUGCUCAGAAAUUGCUGACUGGGAGGAUGUUUGACGGAAAGUUUGUUGUGGCUACAUUCUACCCACUGAGUGCCUACAAGAGGGGAUACCUGUAUCAAACCUUGCUUUAAUUAGUAACCUAAGGACUAUUUCCUGUUUCUCCUCUUCCAUUUCUUGGAUUACUAUAUUCCACAGCUGAAUGCAGGAGCACCCCUUUACCCAUUUUAAAGGGUACCUUGUACAUUUAUUUAAUCCUACUAAUGUGCAGCCAUUGCCCAAACAGUGACUGCAUUGCAAACAUUGGCACUGAGUAGGACAAGACCUCUCAGCUAUACAUUGAGGGGGUUAGCGCACCCAUGUGGGCACCCUUUGUUUGUGCAGUAGGACAGGUGCUGCUCUUUAGUAUGUAACCUAAAAAGAUGUCAUUUUAUGUGAUGAUGAAGCAAAGAUGAGUAAUUUGUCAUAGUGAAUAUUCUUAACAAGUUUGUUAGGGUUGGUGACAUCAGAUUAUUUGUUUGUAUUGUCAGGUGUAUCUCAUUGUUAUUCUAGCUGGCACUGGAUGCUCUAAUAAUGUUAAGUCAUUGUCAAGCAGCAUUUACCAACCAUGUUCUUAACAAUGAGUUGUGAAUUUUUCUAAGGGAGUACUGUAGGACUUAAUUUUCCUCUGAAGAAACUGCAGUGAGCCUAUCAACAUUUUUAAAAUUACUAUUAAGGCUUUUAAAAUAGAAAGCUGAUGCUUGAUCUUGCACAAUUUUUACGUCUAGUAUGUAUGCUUGAGUGGGUGUACGGGUGUGAAAGAAUAGAAAAAUUUGAGUCAGUGUACUUUAUAGUGUGAGUCUUGUGAGCUAAUACAGUCUAUAACCAUUUCUUCCUACCUGUUUCACACUUGUGAGACUUGAAAUAUAGGUUUCUUGAAAGUUGGUCUGACUGAUAGAAUGUAAAUGACAAAACAGUUCAUUCCUGUAAAGUGCAGAACAAACUGGAGUCUAGACCAGGGUUACAUUGAAACUCUUCAAAGUGACUGGAACAAAGAAGGUUUUGGUACAUGUAAAUUAUCCCAUUCUUUGGUUUACUCUAGACCCAAGAUUGACUCAUCUGUUUUGUACUGAACCUCUUGUAAUAAUUGUAAAAUAACUCCAGAUAUGAUUUUUUUUUUCUGCUAAAAUGGAAAAUUGAAGUGGAUCAGAAAAAAAAGUUAGUGACAGUGAAGGGAAAAGAGAAAAAUGUAAAGAAGGUAGCUGAUCACGGAUCCUUUCCUCCUCCCUGUGUCCUCCCUGCUGCCCUGCCGCCUCCACCUCCUUUCUUUCCCCUUGGCCUCUGUCUGUAGCUGGAGGCCAGUGCCCCAAGUCAUCUGGCUGUAAGGGAGUAAAGGAAGCUUGGGGUAUUAGGUGAAAGUAGAAAGAAAGAGAAACUCAGUUCCUAUAAGCUCCACAGCAAUCGAAUGUGUCCUUGAUCAGAGGGUGCCUGCUCUCAAGAGUUUGUGGGCACAGGUUGACUGUGGCUUGAGGAUUGUGAGCAUGGAUUCUUCUUUCUGUAGUAAAUUGCCUUGAGAGGUGUAAACUUAGGAAACUUUUGUAAAGCACUGAUUGUACAAGACAACCCUCAAAGUGUAUACCAGUUUUAAGUUUCUCCUGUUUCCUUACCUGAAUGAAAGUUUUAUUUAUUUAUUUUUCCUUAGUAAAGAGUGUUUGUUUCUUUCCCUCAUGGAAGCCUGCUUAUAUAGUUUCCUUAUGUCCAUGCCAUACAAGCUCUUGAAAGCUCCAUUAAAAUUUGCAUUUUAGAGGAUGAAUUAUUUUACCCUGUUCAAAUAUACUGUCCGACAUUUGUUAGUAAAGUCAAAUUAUUCAGAGCUCCCUCUUCUGAAGUUAAAUUUCUUAUAAGGGGAUGGACUGAUGAAUUAAUUACCUAAUGGUCUUAUGUCAUGGUCCCUGAUGUGUUCCUUAGAAAGAAGGAUCUUUCAGGGGUUGAUUGGGUGGUUGGUUUCCAUGUCAAAAUUGAAGAGCAUAGAAUCAGUACUGUGAAGCCCUAAGCUUUCCUAAAACAUAAAUAUGUAUACCAGGAGCUGCUUCUUUGGUCACAGGGUAUAGUGAAUUCUUCUGAAGGGCAAGUAUGGUCAGCACAUGUUUCCCAUCUCAUAUAAAAGAUCCCUGCAAAUAAACUGCAGAUAGGCUUCCAAGCUUCAUUGUGCAGUGUGCUGCUAACAUUUCUGCACCUACAGUAGUCUGUGAUCCUCAUUAUUAAAAAUGUAGUCAUAAAUAUGAGUAGAGUUUGACAUUGUAGACUUAUUACAGAAGGUGACUUUAAGGGAGCUAAGGAAGUAAAUGAUGAGCCCAAAUAAUUGCAUUGAAUUAGAUAUUUUAUAUUGAAGCCACAGAAUUGAAAACAAAAGAUAACCUACUAUGAUUUAAACCAUUGUUUGAUAACUCUUAGCCCAUUUACCAAAGAGGACAGUUGCAGAUUCUCCCUCCUCUGAUACUAUGAGGAUUUUCACUUUAAUACCUUUCUUAAACUAGGACCAAAUAUUAUCAAAGAUGCAAUUUUCACAAUAAAUAUAUGCACAGGAAUUUUAAUUCUGUGAAGUUAUUAAAAACCUAGAAUUCGCUUAUCAGGCAAGGUAGAGGUGAAGGUUCAUGUUACUUAGCCCCUAUCUCUGGGGGGCAAGUUUUAUCUCAGGUAGUUUUUCUUUCCCUAUAUUAUAGUAUUUGUGCUUCCUUCCCUUUUGCCUUCCCACCUCCUUCUUUAUUCUUCCAUGGUAUUACUCUGCUGUGGCACAUUUUGUCCUAGAUAAGGCAUCGGAAGCAAUUGCUCCCUGGGAAAUUUGGAGUAGGCGGCUAGUAGCCAUGAUCAAAACUAUAAUAGUGUAUUUAGAAGAGGAUAGAGUUGGGUACGUUAGUAAUAUGUCUGUUAUCACUGGAUACCCUCCUCCCUUUGUGGCCAGUGGCUCUCUUUGGGAAAUCUCCCUUUCUGCUAUCUUGAGCUAAAUAAUGGCUGCUUUGAGAAUCAAAUAAUUUUUACCCAUCUGUCUCUGUUUUAAUUGAGAGAAGUGUGGCCCUCUCUUUCAUUUGUAGCUGCUAAAAGAUGUUGAGAUAGUUAACCUACCACCAACCAUGCAGCCUCUUAGAAAUGUGGAAGAAUUGCGAGCAUAAGGCUUCUUUCUGUCUUAUUACACUGGACUUUCCCUCAUGUGAGGGCAUUGGUUACAGAAGAAUUUCAUUAGAGUACUCAUCAGAAGCUGUUUCGUGGCUCUUUUGAACUUAUUAAUGAAAGGCAGCUGGCUGACAAUUUGUGAUCAUUUUUGGUAGUUUUUACUCUGGCUUAUUAGGUCUAUUGUAUAUAGCAUUUUAUUUUUCAGCAGUUACUGAAAAUGAACAUCAUUAUAACUGAUGGUAAUUAUAACAGCAUAGUGGGUGAGGGGAUCUGUCAGGAAGACACUUGUAACUGUGUGGUUUACCUAGACUCUUACUCAGAGGGUAUGGGCUGGCUAUUCAGAUUAGGCUGCAGAUAGGAUUACAUCAUGACUUUCCAUCUGUUGGAUGUGUAGCUAGCUCAAGUUAUGAGCAAGUGCCUUGUGUUUCCUGGUGAAUACUAAACCUCAUUUGGGCAAAAGCUCCAGGUGAUGCCUGCACAGUCGCCUUUUUCUUGGAAUGACUUGGAUUGAGUCAUGUGAGUCAGGAAUUUCCUUGGCUUACUUAAAACAUAUAUAUGUAUAAAACUAUUCCUAUUUGAUUUACCUCAGUAUUGCAUGUUAUGGAAAGGCCAGCUCAGCUCUCCAGCACAUCUGAUUCCGAGAUCUCGCUCUACUGGUUAGGUUCCUUCCUCAAGUCCCAUUGCUCCAACUCUGUAUCUGUUUGUUGUACAUUUUGGUCACGUGUGGACCAGUGCUUGGUCACUGCUAGCUCAAAAAUUCCUGUUUCUUGAGGUGCUCAGCAAUUGCCUUUCUUUUAAAUAGGGAUUUCUUUCCACUUGGUAUUACUAGCUUCCUCAAAGAAUACACGGAUCCUGAGUCUCUGUCAUAAGGAACUCGCCUGGGUAUGUUUAGCUUUUAGAUUCUUAAUCAUGGAGAAGCUUGGAUAUUUUAGUUUUUAGAGUGCUCCUCCCACCCCACCCCCCAAUGGAUUUUGUUCCUUUCUUCACCUGACACCAUAGGGUGAAUCACCGUUUUUGUCCUUGACACCUCCCCAAGAUGGUGCCCCUAUGUUUAAAGUUGUAUGAUGACUAAUGCUUCAGACCAUAACAAGUAGUUGUCAGGUACUAGAUAUUUAAGAAGUCUAGAAUUUAGACUAUUUUUGCUAUGACUUUAUAGGAGAAAUGAGCUGUCAAAGAAAUACAUAUAAGCCAGGGGGCGUGUAGGGUGAAGAGAUUUUUGGAGACAGGGUUUCACCACGUUGUCUAGACUGGCCUCCACUCAGGAUCUCUGUCUCAGCCUACCAAGGGCUGCUUAUGAUCAUAGGUGUGCAUCAUCAUGCCCAGUUCUUUUAGGAAACUAUAUUUUAUAGAUGGUCAUAAAGGUAAUUUUUCAGGAUAUAAAACAAAUAACAAAAGUUUACACGAAUUUUGUUGUCCAGAUAAAAAGCUAUUGAUUUUCUAUUAGCUCAUCACUUUCCCUGUUCUUGUGCUGCUUAUGGGAAUGGUUGCUUUAAAUUUGCUGCAUUUGUGCCUUUCUGAGAGUCAUAAUCAUGGCAGUUGUGUUUCUUGGCACCAUUCUAAAUGCUGGCAUCCUGGGAACCUCUCUAAACUGGGUAGCUGUCACAACAAUGUGAAGAAAAAUUAGUGGGUCUUUUGAAGGUGGUGUGUGUUUUGUGAACUGAGUUCCUAGUAUUUUAAUAAAAAAGCUGCAUGAUGUGCUCUUAUUUGCCUUUUGUGGCCAUUAAUCUCUACUUCUCUGUAUAAUGAAAGCAAGUUAUAUUCUGAGAAGAAAACUGGAAUUGUUUGCUUUUUUGUUUGUUUCUUACUGAGAAACUUGCAUAAAGAGCAGGCUACUACCACCUUCAGCCACUGAUCAUCAGUGAGCCUAUCUGUAAUCAUUCUAUAAAAUCCUCCGUUGGAGGGCUGAAGAGAUGGCUCAGGUGUUAAGAGUACUGGCUGUUCUUCCAGAGGACCUGAGUUCAGCUCCCAAUAUCCACAUGGUAGCUCACAGCUCCAGAUCCAGGGGAUCCAACACCCUCACCCAGACAUAUGUACAGGCAAAAACAGCAGUGCACAUACAAUAAAAAUACAUAAAAUCCUCCAUCCUUUUUCUUUGUCAGCUCCUCUCAGAAUCUCUUCAGUUACUUGAAAUACCUUACUGUGUUCUUUUAUUGGGUGAGUCAUCAGAGACUGUCAAGAGUUCAGAGUAAGGAAGAGAACAAUCAACAUGAAUAGAGAAAAGGAAGAAAAUGGCUCCCUUACUAUCAUUAGUAAUCUACAUACGUUUCAUGGUCUAAAAAUCUAUACUUGUUAACCCAUAGCAUAAAAAUUUUGCCUUUCUUACACAUUCCUCACCCUUGUUUCCCCAGGAGAUAGUUGUCAGGGUUUAUGAGGCCAGAUUAAAUAUCCAAAUUCAGUUUGUCCUAAUUUUUUAAAGUAUUUGAAUUUCAGCCCUUGUGCUUUUGGAGUUUACUACUAUUCUUGCAAAUUGAGGCUCAGAAAAAAAGUGGGGGCCAGCCAUCUCUGUCUUCUUCCUUUUGCACAUGGGGUGGAUGGCAUUAGUAUGCACUAACUGCAGAGUUACAGCACCUUGUGAAAAGAAGUGUAAGUAGUGUUUAUUAUUAUUAUAGUUUUAAAAACCUUUAAUCGCACUUCUGUAAUUAGCAGAAUAUAAAGCUGUCACAUCUUUUCCAUCAGAAUUAACUUCUCAUUCUUAAUUCUUUUUUGAAAAAUCUUAAAAUAAUUUAACAUUCCUUAAAUCUCUAAGUAGUUCAGAUCAGGGGUAGAAGGUUUUUCACCCCCUGCCUUUGCCAUCUUUUUUGUCACUCUUAGAAAUCCAUUUAUGAUCAGUACAGUUUAAUAGUUCCUGGUCUCGAGACCGUGUCAGCACUGGACUCAUUGGUUGUGAAUAUGAAAACCUACUGUUUUCCCUUGCAAACAUGCUUUGGGCAUAGGAAGUCUGGUUUAAAAAAAAAAAAAAAAAAAAAAAAUAUGUGAAAGAUCACUUAAACCAAAGCCAGUUCUAAGGAGUGUUCGUUCCUGUUGGUUUACCUUCUCAGAGCAACAGGAAUGUUACAGUGCGCAGUGAGUAGUUCUGUGACUUUUCUACCCGGAAUUUCGGUAGUGCAUUGGUCUUUGCAUUUCUUGAUGCUGUGAUUCUGUUUUUCAUGAUGUUUUACUGCUUAUGAGUGGUUGGGCUUUUGUUAUUGUUGUUGUUUUGUUUUAAUUAAUUGGGACUAUAAAUGUAGAUAGAUGUGCUUUAGUACCAAGAUGUUCUUUUUCCAAAUCCCUAAAUCUCUGAUUUCCACACCACUCUUUCACAAAUCUGUUUUAUUGCUGAUAGUAGAAGACUUUAUCUCCACCUCCCUAUAAGCGUGAGCACUGUGUUCAGCGAGCUACCUUGCAGGCUUUUGCUGAAAACUUCCUUGUAAACACAAUUGCCUUGUUCAGUUUUGUUGUAAACUGACUCACCAUGCGAUGCACUGUUGAUAGCUUCCUGAUAUGUGGUGGAUAAGAGUGAUAAAAUAAAGCUUACAAAGAAAAGAAA